CUGGCACAAUCACAUACACAUAGAAAGCCAAAUUAAUUAAAGUGGAGAUCCCGAAUCUGAAGGCGUAGAAUGGUGGCGAGAGUGAAGCUGGGGUCGCAGGGGCUUGAGGUGUCGAAACAGGGGCUGGGGUGCAUGGGCAUGUCGGCUUUCUACGGGCAGCCGAAGCCCGAGGCCGAGAUGAUCCAACUCAUCCACCACGCCAUCAACUCCGGCAUCACCUUUCUCGACACCUCCGACGCCUACGGUCCCCAUACCAACGAGAUUCUUAUCGGAAAGGCUCUGAAAGGAGGAAUGAGGGAGAAGGUGCAGAUUGCUUCCAAGUUUGGAAUAAUAUGGGGCGACGGGAAGGCGGAAGUCCAUGGUGAUGCAGCAUAUGUGAGGGCUGCGUGUGAGGCGAGCUUGAAGCGGCUUGACGUGGACUGCAUUGAUCUCUAUUACGUUCAUCGCAUUGACACUCGUGUUCCCAUUGAAGUGACUAUGGGGGAACUGAAGAAGCUGGUUGAAGAAGGAAAAAUCAAAUACGUUGGCCUCUCGGAGGCAUCUGCUUCAACAAUUAGAAGGGCUCAUGCUGUUCAUCCCAUCACUGCUGUGCAGAUUGAAUGGUCGCUGUGGUCCAGAGAUGUCGAACAAGAAAUCAUUCCCACCUGCAGAGAACUUGGCAUUGGAAUCGUGCCAUACAGUCCACUUGGGCGUGGUUUCCUUUCAGCAGGUCCAAGCUUGGUACAGGGCUUGUCUGAGAGCGACUAUCGUAAGAACAAUCCAAGGUUCCAGGGUGAGAAUCUUGAGAGCAACAAGCGGGUAUACCAAGAGAUAGUUGAAAUGGCGAGAGGGAAAGGUUGCAGCGCUUCGCAGCUGGCACUGGCUUGGAUUCACGAGCAAGGAGACGACGUUUGUCCGAUUCCGGGCACCACCAAGAUGAACAACUUGGAUGAGAACAUAGGAGGGCUUGGGGUGAGUUUAACAGCAGAUGAGAUGGCUCAACUCUCUGCUUUGGCUGACAUGGUUAAGGGAGACAGGAGUGCUUACAUGGCCAACACCUGGAUUUCCGCCAACACGCCACCAUUGCCUUCUUCAACAUGAUACUCUCACGCUGUAUUAUUUGGGGAAUCUUUGGAGUAAAUUUGUAUUUUGCAGCGGAAAUUUGAAAAUAAAUAUGAUUCUCAGGCUAAACGGCUGAGUAUAAUAGAUGGAUUUGUAAUUUAACGACCUAUUUGCCCCAAUCUGUUAUCCGUCUAACGACUAUGAAUAUUAGGGAUGACAUUCAGUAUCUCAUAA